GCCUCUGCAGAGCAGAUGUGUGCGCGUCUUGUUGAGACACGUUCAGUCAGUGCAAGUCAGUCGAGGUGUAUGGAAGUGUCCUACUGCUCGUGGGAGACGACUGAGCCAAGAGAGAGAGAGACAGAGAUAGAGACAGAGAGGGUGAGAAAGGAGACAUCCUUAGGAGAGAUUUGAGUCCACGGGCAGAAGCUGCCGAAGAGGAGUCCCACAAGAAUUCCUCUGUGGCCCAGACCAGGCCCCCCGGGCGUGCUGCUUGAGACAAAUCCCGUGUGAUUUUGUGCUGAAAGUGGUUUUUCUUGUGUGAAAAACAUCCGCGGCAAAGUGACAGCUUGCGGGAAUCUUCUGGCGUGUGCGUGAGAGCGGGUGAGAACUAUCGGGCCGCCAGUCAGCGGGAGUGGGAUAGACAGCUAAUUGAUAAAGAUACGCGAGAGAGAGAAAGAGAUUUUAUUGAUUAUAGCGAGGAAAUAUUCCCAAAGAACAGUCUGCAGUGAGUGACAGAGAGAAAUGAUAGUGGGAAUUGUAAAGUAAAUGAGGAGAGAAUUUCAAUGAAAAACUGCACUGAUCGAUUGUAUUAAUUUUUAUAGCCGACAGUGAGUGCCGUGUUUAUUUUUCUUUCCCCGCAUAAUUUCUGUUACACCCCUCGAAGCUCUUCUAUGGGAUAAUGGCGGCUAAGUGUUGCGGAAAUUUCAAGAGUCGUCAUCGUGAAGGUGUAGCAAGCACGGGAGUGGCUUCAAGAAGUGUCACCAUCCACCGCUCAAGAGCCCAUUGUCACAUGGUGGAUGAACUGCACAUGAGGCCAUCGAGGCGAAAUAACUCAAAGCCACCCCAUGUGGUGGCUCACACUUCAAUGCUCGGACCAAAAGGUGCUCGAUGGAACAGGAGUGUGGCCAAAGUGACUCUCUGUGGAAUUCUGUGUCUCAUGGCGACGAUGGAGACGUGCCUGGCAGCCAGACAAGAAGCUGUGUCCAAUUGCACAUUUCCCCAGCGAUGGGAGGGAUCAUGGUUUCAAUCUGGAUUACAGCCAAUUCAUAUUAAAGGCUCCGUAUUGAGCUUUAGGGGCAAGUGUGUUGCAUCAGAUGGUGACAAAUUUUUAAUGGUGGACGAUAAGGGAUGCCAUCGCUGUGUUGUGAUCUACGAAAAGCACAAGAAUGUUCUACAGUACAAAGAAAGUGAGUGCGAAGAUUUGUACAUGGAUCAACCGAUACAGGAACCGCGUAGCGUAUUAAAAAGUGAUCGUAGGGGGGGAGCUCAUCCCAACACGAACGGGCACUCAAGAUUAUCAUCAUCGGAUCACUAUUUAUUACGAUCCCAUGACGAUAUUGAUAAUUGCUAUUGCAGAGGUCGCGAGACCUUGCAGAAUCUCUGUGAGCAAAUCCCCGGCGAUGCCCUCCUCUUUAGUAUGUUCAAGGAGAACGCCGAGCCCGUCAAGUGUCCCCUCAAAGGACCCUUUACGUUCACCUACAAUCGGGGUCACGGCGAGUGCCGCAGUCCGGUGUCCAACAUCGAGAGCUGCACAGAGGACAGUCGUCUGCUGCUGAGCUUCCAGGCCUGCCCAGACGUGGCGGGCACGGAGAGCACUGUGGAGGAAUUAACUUGUUUGGCUACGUGGAAAGAUGGUAAUUCGAGGUAUUUGGUCGGAUUAGUAUCACACCACCACGCAACGUCCAACGAGGAGAAAUAUCGGUGCUUUGUGUACGAGAAAACCUCCACCGGAAUGGGACUCUCGUCAAAAGAUGCAGCUUACAAAUUGGCGCAGUCUGGAGAUGCCACAUGCAAUGGACUAGACAGUGCUGAAGUCGGCUCGCGCAUUAUGACCCUGAGGAAGGCCCCGCCAGCGGAGAGAUGUGACUUCCCAGCGUGGUUCAAAGGACCCAAGCAUUGGCACGCACUUCAGGGAAAUGUUGGCUACACAUUUCAUCAAAGUGAUGGAUCAAUGCACAUUACACGGCAGAGCGGAGCGAUGGAGACUCGAGCUCUGUGUGAGCAAAUUAACAAACAAACCCCAACGGAAAUGAUGGCUGUGGUGCACUACACAACAGGCUGCCAAUCGGGAUUUAUGUGCAUGAUGUUCUAUCGACGAGACACUCACGUUGCCGAGAUACAAAUGGGUUCUGCGGCAUCAAGACUCGAGGAUGCUUGUGCUCCGGAUCACUUUGACAUCAACAAAUUGCCCCACAUCACACUUUUAGCCAUCAAUCCCGAAUCGGAGGUCUGUCCCUUGGAGGGUCUGUACCCCGUGCGGGGGGCCAUCGGACCACCCUAUGCUGCGUCGCGUCAUAAGAGGAAUCACAGCAACAACAGCAAAGGACACAUCCACGGACAUCACCAUGAGAUCAAUUCUCAUCGAAGACAUGGAUCUCUAAGCUUCCGCAAUUCAGAAGAAAUCAACGAUGGUGGCUCUUGGCAUCGCCAGACUCGCGGAGUUGCCGUCAGAGAGCGUCGCAGUGUGAAUCCAGAGCGCGGACGCUCACGCAGGGAUAGUCCGACGUGCGUGAUCAACUACAACUCGCCUAGACAUCUUCUCAUUGGGUGCUCAGAACCGAACGUGAUCGAAGUGCGGCCGACGUGUAGCGAUGAGGGUGAUGAAAUGUACACUUGUCAUGGCUCCUGGUCGGAGAAUACAACAAUGUUCGUUGUGGCCAGGCAUGUGGGAACUGCACACGGGGUUUGUAUAACAUACAAGCCAAUGGAGAGCAGUUCAGCACAGCUCUUCGUGGGCGAUUCUUGCUACCGAAGCAGUGUCAUGUCGGCCACUGGAGUCAGUCUUAACCACCAUCUCGUGGCCAAUCUCACUGUUCAUGAUAAAUCUGGAAUGCUGGACAGAGAGGCUAAAUGCUCCGAUACCAAUUCAUCGAGUUUGCCCACGAAUCACUGGAUUCUUAUUUGUGUCGUCGCAUCUGCGUCAAUUCUAGCUAUCUACUCUCUAAGUUGACUCCACCAAGACUAUCCUUAGAGGCUCCUCAUGAUCACAGAAGAGCCAAAGAAGUGUUCCCCUUAAGACAUGUCCCUCGGUAUUGCACGAGAACAUUGUCUUCUCACUAGAUUGUCAUGUAAAUAUUUUAUAUAUACAGAGGAUGACAGAGAUACUAAACUAUUGAACUAAUCAACCACUAUAUUUGAAUUUGAAGUGAGAGAAUGAUAAAGGAUUUAAUUAGAUGGUGAAAAAGCGAUAUGAUAUCGAGGUGAUACUAGAUUAUUUUUGCUAACUGUACAGAUCAUGUAAAAGAGAUUAAUGAGAAGAAAAAAAAAAUUAUAAAUUGAUUUUUAUUAGAUACAAAAAAUAAAUUGUAAAAGAAAUUUUGACGACUAAAUGUAUAAAAGAAAACGGUGUGGAAUUUACUAAGAAGUGUCUCUCCUUGAUUCUCUUCCAAUUAAAACCUUUUUUUUUUUUAAUUAUUUCCACGCAUUUCAAGAGCAUUUCUUUUUGUUUUUCUUUUCUUCAUUUAUGCAUGUUAUUUUUUCCACGCACGGUCGAGAGUGAAAUUUCUUACGAGACAAUUUAAUGGAAAUGUGAUGUUUGUAAAUAAAAUAAAAUUAGCAAAUCGAGAGAUUUGGUACCGUGAGUGGAUGAUGAAAAAGAAGAAAAACAGAAAACUUGUUUGUGAAUGUAAAUGUAAAACAGAGAACAUUUUUUCCCAGCACAAUUUAUCUAUAUUCAUAUAAGGUAAACACUUGAAAGACAGAGAAUUUGUAUACGGAAUAUCACAAAUCAUUAUACUUUUCUGUUUUGUCUAUGAAGCAUUUUUUGUCUUCUAUUAACACCUAUAUUUCUUGUCUUCUAUUGAAUUCGCUGUGGUUGAAAGCCAACCAGGGAGAACAACCUGUCUAUAUAGAUAUUAAAAAAUUAAGUAGUGAGAUGGUGAAAAAAAAUAAACAUAACCCAUACAGGAAUCUGUGAUUAUUAAGGUGUAUAGAAGAAAAAUAUUGAAAUUGACUUUAAAGACGAGAUUUAUGGAUUAUUCGGAGGAGAUUAACCAAGAUGAAGACCUUUACGAAAUAGACAGAAGAUGAAAAUCAUGCAGUCUUAUAGAAAUUCUAAAAAGGGAAAUUCUGAUCAUUAUUUAAAUAAUAUCGCGUCUUUGAUGAAAUACAAAGAUUUCGUGGGUGAAAAACAAUUCUCGAGAGUAGUCAGUGUGAUGUUUUGUAAUUGGGUUCUUUUCUGUAUUGAAAACCUUUUAUUCCUCAGUUUUCACGAUAUAUUUUGACAGCUUAAAUUGUAAAAUGUUCAACCACAAAGCUUCAAACUGAUAUGUUUUUCUUGUCACAUGUGAAGAAAAUACUAAAUUAUACUCUAAAAUAGAUGGUGAAAUGAAUUUAUGUAAUGUAUAUAUCUAUGUGUUUUUGUCACAUAUGAGUAAACAGCUAAAAAAAAAUAAAAUAAUCUUCAUUUUGCAGAUCUUAGAGAAACACUUUUGAUUCAAAAGCAGAAUUGUGUGCUUUAACAAGUGAAAACUAUAAAACUUUUCACGUUUUUUGCAAGAUCCCAAGCAAAACCCAGUGGAAAAUGGAGAGUAUAAUAGCCAUCACUCGAGAGUUCACGUUUGAAAAGACAUGAAGGAAAUUCACCGAGAAUUUUUGUAUUACAUGUUAUCAAAUGCAGUGUAUUCAAUUUUUGUCUUGCCUUCGAAACAGAAACGAAUAUAGAGAGUGAAGAGUGGAGAGAGAAUUAUUAAAUUACCUUAUAUUGCAUAAUAAAAGAAUAAAAAAAAAAGAUAUAAUAAUGGGAAGGAGAUGGAAAAUAUGUAAAAUAAAAUCUGCCAGAGCAUUUAAUGUUUUUUUUUUUAAGCAACUUUUCAUAGAGAAAGAAAAGGACACAAAGACAGAAACCACACAACACA